AUGACUUCUUAUUCUAAUAUCUUCUUAGACACCAUUGUUGUUAUUGCAUUUCUAGGUAUUAUUACGUCUCUUGAUAACAAUGUUAACGGCGACAUUAGCGUAGAUAUGCCAGUAUUUGCCCCAGAAAGAAGUGAUAUUAAGGUCCGAGGCACCAUCUUCUGCGUAAAUAACAAUGAUUGGAAUAAUUGGAUUCCGCUAGAAGGGGCAAGAGUAGAGGUGUACUGUCCCUGGUUCCGUAUCAAGUCAACAGUGACGGAUAAUGAAGGUUUCUUCCUCAUCGACUUGCCAUACAAACGUGUCAGCGAUGACUGCAGAGUGUACCUUGACAGCCCCGGCCAUGGCGAACAUGACUGCAUUUUCCCAACUGAUACUAACAAAGGCACCUCUGGUGCUCCUAUAGCUAAAUCUAAUGAGCACCCUGGCCUCUUCGAAGUUGGACCUUUCGUCUACGUAAACACCCUAUAA